CCUCAUUCUAUCCUUCUUCGGCGGCCACCAUGUUCUCAGACAAAGGCGGCGAAAAGAACGCCUAUCCAAACGUCCCAGAAACUCUGCGAGCAGAGCCAUACCGAAACAUCACCUCUCCCGAACUUAUAAAUCGAGCUGAUACGGCUCCGUCUAUUACACCGUACUUGAGUCUCCGCUCGAGACUCUCUCAGAUAUGGAUCAACAGAUGGACAGUACUGCUGUUGCUUGUCCUCGUCAGACUAGUGCUCCUUAUUGCUCAGCUGACAAGUAAUGUUGGCGAUGCAAAGACGCAAGCACUGUCAGCGUGCUCCAAGGUCGAGGACGUUGGUAGCGCCAUGGCGUCCAUGCCACACUACUUGUCCGUCGGUGUCAAUGAGCUGACUGGCAAGGGCAUCGAGACAGCGGUCCAUGCCAUGGUAGACAUUCUGGAUCUCAUCAUGCAGGGUGUCGAAGGUAUCAUCAUUUUCUUCAUAAACUUCCUCACAGCAACAUAUACCUGUCUCAUCACUGCCAUGGUCCAUGGCAGCUUGGACGUGGUCGCGUCCGUGACCAAGGAUGCAACCAAGGAAUUCAACGAUGUCAUUGACAAGGCGGCCAGCGAUAUUGACAGCAUCUCCAAGGGUCUCGAGGGCGGAAUUAACAAACUCGUCAAGGCGAUCCAGGGGAGCGUGUUUGGUAGCCUGCUGCCAGAUGUACCCAAGGUAGACUUUUCCGGCCCAAUCAACAGCCUCAAGAAAUUCGACCUCAACUCAGACGACUUCGUCAAGGAUGUGCAGCAGCUCAACAAGGACAUUCCAACUUUUGACCAAGUCCAGAACCUCACCAAAGAGGCUGUCAGCUUUCCCUUCAACAUUGCCCGCGACGCCCUCAAGGAUGCCUAUGGCAACUACCGCUUCAGAAAGGACAUCUUCCCCUUGGCACAAAAGAAGCGCCUCACCUUUUGCUCGGAUAAUAACACCAUCAACGACUUCUUCACGAAGCUCUUCCAAAUCAUUCACACAGCUCGCAUUACCUUUAUUGUGGUGCUCGUCCUGCUUGCCGUGCUUGCCAUUGUUCCCAUGACAAUCUGGGAGAUUCACCGUUGGCGCCGACAGCAGAAGCUCGCCAAGGUUGUACAAAACAACCAAUACGAUCCUAUGGAUACGGUAUACAUCGCUUCUCGUCCAUGGACCGCACGUACCGGCAUCAAGCUGGCCUCCAAGUUCAACGGUCAGCGAGCGAUCCUAGUCCGCUGGUGCGUCGCAUAUGCUACUUCACCUGCCGCCGUUUUCGUCCUGUCUCUUGCUAUUGCAGGUCUCUUUUCGUGCUUUUGCCAAUGGCUUCUUCUCAAGGUUGUGCAGAAAGAAGUCCCCGAGAUUGAGGACAAGGUCGGCGCGUUUGCUGGUGAAGUUGUCAACAGUCUCAAGCAAGUCUCGCAAGAUUGGGCCAACGAUGCCAACCACGUAAUUACCGGCAUGAGCGACGACAUUAACAAAGACGUGCUGGUCUAUGUUAGCAACGCCACCGAUGCCGUCAACAACACUCUCAACGUGUUCCUCAAGGAAAUGGACAAGGGCCUCAACACUGUUUUCGGCAACACCAUCCUGCUCGAUCCCAUCAAGGGCGUCCUGCACUGUGUCAUUGGCAUCAAGAUUGAAAACGUCCAAAAGGGGCUUACAUGGGUCCACGAUCACGCCAAGGUUAGCUUCCCUACUCUGCCUGGUGACAUCUUUAGCGCUGGUGCCAACAGCUCCAUCUCUGGCGACGGGGAUAUGAACACGUUUCUCGCUUCACCCUCAUCCGUCACUACUGAUGAGGUAUCUGGUGCUGUGCUGCAUGUUGUGAACUGGCUCAAGAAUAACAUUAUUCAAGAAGCCCUCAUUUCGACUGGCGUGCUGCUUGUCUACAUCAUCGUUGUCUUGAUUGGUGUCGUACGAGCACUGGUUGGCAUGGCUAACCCGAAAGCCGGCCGAGCAGAGGGUGGCAUAAGAUAUACGGGAGAGGAUCGUCCUCCUCUGAGCCCAAGAUCUCAGCAGCUAGCGUUUGAUGCUGGGCAGGAAGCCAGAUCGACGACACGCGAGGUCAGAGGUGAAAAGGCAGCUUACGCGGGGAGGUCGCGGCCAGUCUACACGAGUGAUAAGAAGAAGCGAUAUGAAGGUCAGGCCUUUUAGUAAAGUCAAGUUCAUCUGAUAAGGAUUCAUUGUUUUGGGUAUACGUUCUUUUUAACGAAUCAUGCAUUUACGCUAGCAAUCUUCUGAUAAUUUUGUACAAAAGACUAGACCACUGGAAUUGCUAACUUUUUAUAUAAUUUUAAAAAUUUAAAAUUUGGAAAUGAUUAUAC